AUGGCCGUUUUUCUACCAGUGUCACUGAUUGCUUCACCCUGUCCCUGUGGCACCAGAACUCGAGAGGAUAGAUUAGUGAAGAGGCUGCCUCGACUUUAUCGGUGGCCGCAUGACUGGGGUUUUGUAUCAGUGGAGUCUAGAAUAGACAAGUUCAAGUCCCGUGGUUACCCCUUACCAGUUUUGGAGGAUUGUGGCAUGGAAUUGCGUUAUAAUUUUGAGGAUCAAUUUAGUGAAGAUAUCUGGAGCAAACUCGCAAAAAGAGUAGCUUCAAAUAUGUCUCGAAGUGUUGUCGCAUUGGCUUCAUUCAGUGGUGGAGCAAGGCUUUUUGCUUGCACAGGUGUAUCCAUAGACUGCAACGGGUCCACCACAAGAGUUCUGACCUCGGGAAGUUUGGUUAGAAGUUGUAUCCAUGAAAGCAAGGUUGCUGAUGACUUAAAGAUUGAGGUGGGCCUUCCAGAUAAACGACAUGUCCCAGGGACGUUGCAACAUUAG